AUGGAGAUGAUUGGUUCUUCGGGAGAAACAGGGAUUGCGUUUUCGGAGACGGAGAUGGAAGCGGCAGAGCAGCUAGUGCAGUUGAGCGAAGAUGAUACAAUGAGCUGUAGCAGCGGUACAGGCUGGAGCGUUUGCGGUUGCGGUUGCGGCGGUUGUGAAGGAGGAUGCAAUACGAAGAGACAAGAAGAUGUUGUUAGCUCGGAGAUUCAUGAUAUGGCCGUAAAGGGGCAAAACGACGGCGUACGGAAGAUGAAUAAGAAUGUUUCCGACGGGCGGAGUUUCGUGAAGGCGAUGAUGGGGACGAAGACAAUUAUGAGGAAUAAGAAAAAGAAGUUUCGGUCUCUCGCGAGUAUCUACAGAGCGACGAAGGAGAUUGCGAGAGAUUAG